AUGACAGGAAGAACCAUAGGAGGAAUCCAGAGCCAAACACCACUAAAGAUAUACAACACAAUCACAAGACAGAAGGAAGAGCUGAAAGUGGAGGGGCACUUUCUCAAAUGGUACACGUGCGGGCCAACAGUGUACGACUCCGCGCACAUUGGGCACGCCAGAAGCUACAUUAUGCUUGAUAUAAUCCGAAAGACUCUGGAGAGGUACUUUGGAUACAACAUAACAUACAUUAUGAACAUAACAGAUAUUGACGACAAAAUCAUUGCAAAGGCCCAGGAGCACCUAAGCAGCCUGCCUGCAGACAUACACGAGCAGUUUAGCAGGCUGUCUGUAAAGCUUGCCGAAGAAACCGAGGAGCAGAAGAGGAUACACGUCGCCAGCCAGGAAGUUAGCAGGAAAUACGAGGCCGAGUUCUUUGCGGACAUGCAGGCGCUGGGCGUAGACCUGCCAAGCUACACAACGCGGGUGAGCGAGUAUGUCGACGAAGUCGUUAAGUUUAUAGAGGGAAUCGAAAGAAACGGAUACACCUAUGUGUGCGAGGGCUCUGUGUACUUUGACGUGCAGAAGUACAGGCAGACACACAAGUACCCCCUCAUGUGCCACACAGCCUCGCAGGAAGACCAGCAGGCGCUGCUCGAAGAGGGCGAAGGCAAGCUGGCGGCCGGGCACAAAAAGAACAAAAAGGAGGACUUUGUGCUGUGGAAGGCAAGCAAGCACGGAGAGCCUGCGUGGAGCUCCAAGUGGGGGGCGGGCCGGCCUGGGUGGCACAUUGAGUGCAGCGCCAUGGCAGUGAACAUAUCUGGAGGCAGAAUAGACAUGCACUCGGGUGGCAUUGACCUGAUGUUCCCGCACCACGAUAACGAAAUAGCGCAGAGCGAAGGCUUUGGGAUAAACGACUGGGUCGGCCACUUUUUGCACACGGGGCAUCUGCACAUUGACGGAAUGAAGAUGAGCAAGAGCCUGAAGAACUUCAUAAAGAUCGAGGAGCUUCUAACAAAGGGGACAGCCCGCGAGCUGCGCAUGCUUUUUAUUCUGCAGAAGUACAGCGGGCCCAUGACGUACAGCGAGGACAGCCUGGAGAGAGCAAAGGUGAUGGACAGCAAGAUAUUUCGGUACAUCUCUCUGUACGCGGUGAGCGCGCAGGAGGCCGCAGGCGCCGGCAGCAUGAAUGUUGUGAAGCCGUUCACAGACGAGGAGAGGGGCAUUCUGGAGGAGUUUGAAAGGACUGUGGAGAAGAUCGAUCUGGCAAUAAAGGACGACCUAAACUUCCCUGCAGUUAUCAAGCUGGCGGUUUCGCUCACAGGCAUGGAGUCUCGGACAGGCGUGAGGGAAAUCCACCAGCAGAUUGCUGCAUAUCUGAAGACGCUGAUGCACAGAAUUGGGCUGGACGUCGUGCAGGAGCCUGCAAAGGCGGCAGACCCGACAUACAUGGUGGAGCUGAUUGGAAACUUCAGAAACAAGGUGAGGGACCUCACAAAAGCCUCUGCCAGCAAAAAAGAGUACUUUGCAGCGUGCGAUGAAAUUCGAAAAGAGCUUGCAGAAAAAGGAUUUCUGAUUGAGGAUGCCACUUCCCAAACAUCUGCCUCUAUGCGAAAGAAGUGCUAA